CCAAUAAGCAACUAAUAUGUGUUACCUAUUCUAAAGUGUAACCAAAAAUAUCAUGAUGAAUAGGCAUUCAUCAUGAAUUCAGGUGCAUUCAGCAGUUUUUUCAAUAGGCAACCUUUUUGAGUUUAAUUAUCAUCAUUAUCAUCAUCAUGAGACAUCAUUAUUACUCUGUUCUCUGAUUGUUUGAAUCUUUGAUCCGCCCUGUAUACUGGCGUUUUGUUUCCUGGCUCUCACAGCACGGCUUUAGAUCUUAGCUACCAUUUACUGUAGUCAAGGAGUCAUUUGAUUCCUUUUUUAGGAGUGAGCAGCUGUUAAGAGAGACCCACCUGACAGUCAGGUGUGUCAUCCGCUCUAGAUGCCUCACAAGUCUGAAUAGAAGGACUUAAACUCAAACCGGCAAGAUGCCCCGCAGAAAAAAUGAUGUUGCGAUAACUGUGGAUGAUGGUAAGUUGAUUUAAUACCAAGUAGAUGGUUCAGUGUGUAAUAGUGAAAUAGUUAAACUAGUUUCAGAUUAGCAUUGAUCUGCAUAUGAAUAUGUUGGAUAACUAAUGAUUUGUUUAUAUUCUGAUAUAUAACAGUUGAAAAUUUGUUAUGCUGUUGUGAAUUAUGACCCUUAUUUUGCAGGUUUUUAUAAUAUAUGGUAAUUGUUUUAAAUCACAAUAUAUGAUUACUAUUCAAAAUAAAAAUCUGAUUAUUAAUUCAGAGUGUGUGUGUUACAGUUGGGAUGGAAAUUGAUGCAGAAUAUGAUAGUGGAAGUGAUGUGGAUUCAAGAAGAAGAGCAAAAGGCAGGAAUAAAGCGAAGCCUGCAGCUCGAGGAAAGAAAGCCAAGCCAGCAGAUAGCGAAGAGGAGAGUGAGGAAGAGGAGGAGGCUCCGCGUAAGAGAAAAGGCCGAAAGAAGAAGGUAGAAAGUGAGGAGGAGAGUGAGGAAGAGCAGAGAGGAAGAAGAAAGAAAGCAGCGGCUUCAAAGAAGAAGGCUGCUGCGAAAGAUGACUCCGAAGAGGAGAGCGAAGAGGAGAAGGGAAAUAAAAGAAGAGGAGGGAAAAAAGGAGGAACUAAGAAGGAGAAAGAGGAGGAGAAUAACAAGGAGAAGAAGGGGAAUGGCAAAGCAGCAGGAAAAGGAGGGAAAGAUAAACAGGAUGAGAAAAAGAACAAAGGGAAAAACAGCAGCAGUUCAGAUGACAAUUCAGAAGACGAGUCUAUGUCUGAGGGAGAGAUGGCCCGACUGAAAGAGGAAGUCGAGGAGAAGAAAAAGCUGAUAGCGACGCUUCGGAACAAACCCUGGCGCAUGAAGAGGAGACUCAAGUGCCUGAAAGAAGCCCAGUCCUUUGUGGAGAAGUUUGAAGGGGCUUUGGGAAAAGGAAAAGGGAGGAGACUCUAUGCAUUCAAAGUCAUGAUGACCAAGAAAAUAAUCAAAUUCAAUAGAGACUUUGAAAACUUCAAGACAGCCUGCAUUCCCUGGGAAAGUCGGAUAAAAGAAGUGGAGAGUCACUUUGGGUCAUCUGUAGCCUCCUACUUCAUUUUCCUGCGCUGGAUGUAUGGAUUAAACCUUGUUCUCUUUGGUUUCGUGUUUGGACUUGUUGUUAUUCCAGAGGUACUGAUGGGCAUGCCUUAUGGCUCUAUUGCCAGAAAAACAGUUCCCAGAGAGGAGCAGGACAGUGCCAUGGACUUCUCUGUCUUGUUUGAGUUUGGGGGUUAUUGCAAGUACUCCAUUAUGUUUUAUGGUUAUUACAAUAAUCAGCGAAGUAUAGGAUUACUGCAGUUCCGGUUACCCCUCUCAUAUCUUUUAGUUGGAGUUGGGAUAUUUGGCUACAGUCUAAUGGUGGUUAUCAGAACAAUGGCAAGAAAUGCCAAUGAAGGAGGAGAUGGAGCAGAGGAAGGUGCCUUCACCUUUUGCUGGAAGCUGUUCACUAGCUGGGAUUACCUUAUAGGAAAUCCCGAGACAGCUGACAACAAGUUUGCCUCCACCACCACAAGCUUCAAGGAAUCUAUAGUGGAUGAGCAGGAGAACCUAAAGGACGAGAACGUUCACCUGCGCCGUUUUCUACGUAUCCUGGCAAACCUUCUCAUCCUGUGCUGUUUGGGUGGAAGCGGCUACCUCAUCUACUAUGUGGUCAAACGAUCUCAGGGGUUUGCCAAACUGGACAGGAAUGAAUUGACAUGGCUUCAAAAAAACGAGGUUGAAAUUGUGAUGUCAUUGUUGGGCUUGGUGUGUCCACCUCUGUUUGAGGUUAUAGCUGAGCUGGAGGACUAUCACCCUCGGAUCGCCCUAAAAUGGCAGCUGGCCAGAAUCUUCGCCCUCUUUCUGGGCAACUUGUACACUUUUCUGUUUGCGCUGUUUGAUGAAGUCAAUGCAAAGCUUGAAAAUGAGAAACAGAUUAGAAAUGAAACCAUCUGGGCUCUUAAAGAAUACUAUGCCAACUACACCUUAUACCAUAAUGUCACUGAAAACAUUCCCCUUCCAAACAUCUCCCCAGCUGAUGUCAUCAGGGGUCCUUGCUGGGAGACAGAAGUUGGCAUUGAGUUUGUGAAGCUCACCGUAUCCGAUAUCCAGGUGACAUACCUGACCAUUCUGAUCGGGGACUUCUUACGGGCCGUGAUUGUGAGAUUCCUCAACUAUUGCUGGUGUUGGGAUCUGGAGGCUGGCUUUCCGUCUUAUGGAGAAUUUGACAUCAGUGGUAAUGUGCUUGGGCUUAUCUUUAAUCAGGGAAUGAUCUGGAUGGGUGCAUUCUACGCACCUGGGCUGGUGGGCGUAAAUGUGCUGCGUCUGCUGAGCUCCAUGUAUUACCAGUGCUGGGCUGUGAUGGCCUGUAACGUUCCCCACGAGAGAGUGUUCAAAGCCUCGCGAUCUAAUAACUUCUACAUGGGACUGCUCCUCCUCGUUCUCUUCCUUAGUCUCAUGCCUGUGAUCUACUCCAUUAUGACCCUGCCACCAUCCUUUGACUGUGGACCCUUCAGUGGUAAAGAUAAGAUGUAUGAUGUGAUCAUGGAGACUAUAGAGAAGGACUUGCCACCUUUUAUGGCUGACAUCUUCAGUUAUGCGUCCAACCCAGGCCUCAUCAUUUCUGCAGUUUUGCUCAUGGUAUUGGCUAUUUAUUAUCUGAAUGCUGUGUCCAAAGCAUAUCAGAACGCUAACAUGGACUUAAAACGCAAAAUGCAAAUGCAAAGAGAUGAGGAGAAGAACAGGAGGAACAACAAGGACAGCACCAACCAGGUGAUGAAAGACCUGGAGGAUCUUAUGCCCAACAAGUCCCUGAUUCCCCCACCAUUACCUGAAGAGACUGCGAAACCAGCUGAUCAGCUCAGCAAGUCACCAAAGGUGACGGGCAAACCAGGUGCUGCAGCCACUGGGAAAGGGGUACAUGUUCAGAAGGAUGUGUCUUUGGCGGCUGCAAAUCCCCGAGCUCCCGUGACCCGUCCCCCAGGUCCCAGGCCCCCCGGGCAUCUGCCAGGUAAUGCCCGCGGACCUCCACCGGGUCAAGGGAUGGGAAGAGGGAGAGGUGGACCACCACCACGAAGAUAGUGCAUGAAGAAUGCACUAACACUGUUUCUUUUUGUACUAGAUACUACAAUUGGAACCAAAUAAAAUUGUAAUACUAUUACACAAUGAUGUUGACCUGUAGUUAAUAUUUGUAUGUACAAUGUAAAUAUUUUCGUGUAAAAUGUAUUUGUACGUGGUUUUAAUAUGUGCAAUAAAAGGUUUAUGGCUG